CUCUCUUUUACCCCCGUCCCCGACCAGGCGACCUCUCAUAGCUCGGCCAUGUUGACCAGUGAGGGGGCGCACACCAUGGAGCAGGACGACACGCACCACGGAGCCAAGAUGGCCUCCACCGCCACCAGCACGGGCUCGGACGGAGCCGAGACGAUGACAGACACCGACGUGGACAUGGAGAUGGAUAUGGAGGAGGCAGACAUGACGCAAUGGACGGAGACGGAGUUCGAGGAGAAGUGUACGUACAUCGUGAAAGACACGGCGUGGGAGGCGGGACCAGACGGUGACGCCGCGAUGACGACGACGACGACGACGACCAGAGCCGAGGCGUCUCUGCCGCGAAACCUGGCCUUCAAACACCUGGCUGGCAGCAAGGAGGUGGUCGGCGUGUGCAGCAGGGAGUACAUCCCCAAAGGAACCCGCUUCGGUCCCCUGGUGGGCGAGAUCUACACGGCAGACAGCGUCCCCAAAGACGCUAACCGGAAGUACUUCUGGAGGAUCUACGUGGACGGGGAGUUUCACCACUUUGUCGACGGCCUGGAUGAGACUCGCUCUAACUGGAUGCGGUACGUGAACCCGGCCCACUCGGCGGCGGAGCAGAACCUGGCGGCGUGUCAGAACGGCAUGGAGAUUUAUUUCUACACGGUGAAACCCGUCCCGGCUGGCGCUGAGCUGCUCGUGUGGUACUGCCACGACUUCGCCCGACGCCUGCACUACCCGCCGUCUGGAGAGCUGAUGAUGCAGAAACUCAAGCAGUCACUUUUGGAGGUGAAGCAGCAGCAGGUGAGCAGCGAGGAGCGCUCGGUCGAAGCAUCCAGCCCGUCCCCCGUCGCGGUGACUCCCACCCAGCCCAAGAGGGAACACAGCGUCCUUUCCAUUCUGCAGGGCACCAACAGCACCUCGUCCUCCUCGUCCACCAAGAGGGAGCCCAGCCGGCCGCUUCCCACCCGCCCGCGCUGUGCCGACAGCCCCGAGCGUCCCCUGUACCCCCGUGCCCUCUACCCAGCUCUGAGGCCUCACCACCACAUCUCUGAAGACUUCCUGAGCCACAAACCCAGCCAGCUUGGUUACCCCUCCACUCGUUCCCCUGGCAACCAGUCUUCAGCCACUCCUAGCCCGUCUGCAAGGAGCAGCCCAGACUGCAGCCCUCAGGGAAGCCCCUCUGGGCCGGCGCCGUCCCCUGCUUCUUUCUACUCCACCGGACUGGGUUCCUACCCUGGUUACUCUCCACCAUCCGCCCCCCUCUCUUCACCCUUCUACCCUCCCGGGGCCCCCUACUCACGUUACCUCCUUCCCCAUCACUAUCCUCUGCCUGGUGGUGGCGUCCCCACUGUAGGAGGGAUUUUUCCCAGCAUGUACCCGCUCUACAGAAGCCUUCUGCCCCCUCAUGUGCCCCUCCUGCCCUCCGACACAGCAGGGAGGCGCUUCUUGAUGCCUGACCCUGUGCACCCCUCCUCCAUCUCGACCCACAGAGACUUCCUCCUUCCCGGGCCCACCAGUGCCUUCUCAGCCGCUACUUCUCUGAGAGACAAAGCAGGGCCUCACAACCCUUAUCACGGGCAUCCUCACCCACAUGGACCAGCCCACGCCCCCUCCAGCGGCUCCCCAACUGCAGGCACAGCACCCCCCAGCGAGCAGGUGCCCACGAAGCCUACCUCAGCCCUGCUGGGCAACACCAGCGAACAUCAUCCUGAUGAAGAGGCAAUCAACCUGACCAAGGUGAAGCGUGGUGCAGGCUCAGCAGGCUACAAGGCGCUGCCGUACCCUCUGAAGAAGCAGAACGGCAAAAUCAAAUACGAGUGUAAUGUGUGCAGCAAGACCUUCGGACAGCUGUCGAACCUGAAGGUUCAUCUUCGUGUCCACAGUGGAGAGAGACCCUUUAAAUGUCAAACCUGUAACAAAGGCUUUACCCAACUGGCUCACCUGCAGAAACACUACCUGGUUCACACAGGAGAGAAGCCACAUGAGUGUCAGGUUUGUCACAAGCGCUUCAGCAGCACCAGCAACCUGAAAACUCACCUGCGCCUCCACUCAGGGGAGAAGCCCUACCACUGCAAACUCUGUCCAGCAAAGUUCACCCAGUUUGUCCACCUCAAGCUGCACAAGCGCCUGCACUCCCGUGAGCGUCCACACAAAUGCCCCCACUGCCAUCGCCACUACAUCCACCUGUGCAGCCUGCGGCUCCACCUGAAGGGUUACUGCCUGGCAGCGAGCCCCGGCGCUGGCAGCCCCGCCGUGUCCAGCCAGGCUGCCAUGGAGGAGGUGCACCGCGCCAACGAGGAGAUCGAGCGCUUCGACGUCAGCGAGCAUGCAGAGCGGCUGGAGCAGCUGCAGGGAGGAGUGGAGAUGGAGGCCAUGUUGGAGAAGCAGGUGUUGGGGAUGCUGUGGAGGGAGACUGACCUCAAGUCCUCUCACUUCCAUUCCCACCACAAGGGCAGCGCCACCGAGCUCCUGUCUGCAGGUUACGGCGCUUACGAGUCCCCGAACGAGACGUCGGUUAUCAAGAUGCGGCACAGCAGCCCCAUCCCACCGCUUCCUGCCAACAUUACCGUUAAGCAGGAGUCCGAGGAUCACGCUUAAAUGACCGUUUACACCCAAAAGACAGUGGGUCAGGACUGCACGGCGGACUGGGUUGCCCGGAGCAACAGAUGUAAAUAUGUACUUGGUUGUUAUCAGGAGUGACAUCAUGACCACGCCAGGUUUGAACCUAUCAGGGACUCACGUACUCAGGGCUACAAGAGACACUGUCCCAUGACUACUUAGUGGUUUAUUAUACUUAGAGACAAUCAUCUACCCAGGAUUUACCUUUAAUGUAAUUAAUAUAAUGCUAUUAUCAUUAUUGUUGUUGUAUUAUUUUGUCUUUGCUUUCAAAUGUCUUUGUUUUUUUUUUUGGAUCAAUUAGUUGUUGUAUAACCUAAUUUAUUAUACUUUUUAUUUGUCGUCUUCAAAAGCAAUAAGUGGAAGGGAUGGUUACACUGAUGGGGUGAAAUCAAUGUAAGUCUAUUUUUCUGUCGAUGUUAUUUUGUCUCUCUCUCUGUGGCCAUUUCUCUGUAGAUAGUCACUCUCUCUAUGCCUAUAUCUGUCCUGUGACCUCUGAUUUAUAGAACCAGGGGUGUCUACUUUUCAGGGUUUUACCUAUUUAAAUUUUAGAAACCGUUAUAGCAGGUUGAAAGGGUUGAGAAACUUGCCAAAGUACGGCACAUAAAUUUGUUGAUUUAGAAAGAAAGAGCUUUAUCGCAACCUUGCUCGAUAGCUUCCCUAAAGCAUGUCUGUGUCCUUUUCUGAUGCCUACUUAAUUUAAAUGAAAUGAAAAAAGGGCAUUUUUUUUGUAUAUUUUUCACAACGGUUACCUCAGUGUGGAUGUUAUAAAACGAGUGUGUGUGUGUCUGUGUGUGUGCGUUUAAAGGGACAGCUGAAGGUGGGAGUUUUCUAUUUAUUUGCUUUUAUUUUGCUACUUGAAGAAGAAGAAACCAAACUGAACUGGAGUGCAGCUCUUCAUGUGGUCCAAAAAGAGCGGCGCAGCCCGCUCUACAUGUAGCACAUAAUGGACUCGGGGAGGCCGGUAAGCCGCCUCCCUCCCUCAUCCCUCCUCUUGUUUUAUUUUUUUACAAUACUGUCAGCAGGGAUGUGAACAUCCCCGGAUUUAGGGAUUCACACUUGACGCUAGAAACCAAAGUUCAUGUGGCUUUAAUUUUAAAUGCACACCAAAAAGAAAAAACAUGAAAAAGAAAAAUCAAAACAAGGGAAGAAGGACUUGAGGAAUCAAAAUGCUGAAGAAGGGAAGAUGUACUUUGUGUAUACGAUGAAGUGUUCGCUCUUUAGCAGUGGUCUCUCGUUUUGUAUAUGUUUUUUUUGUUUUGUUUUGUUGUUAUUAUUGUUAUUUGUUAAUAUUUUGGUUGAGAAACAAUGGCCCCCCCUUUUUCAAGCCCACCCGUCCGCCAUCUUGUCAAUGAACUGGCAUACACCAAAGCACCUCGGCCUUCUUUUAUGCACUGGCCCCCUCCCUCCUCCUCCUCCUCCUCCUCCUCCUACUUUAUACCUUCAGCGCCGAUGCUUGUACUAUUUACACUGUGUACAAUAUCUCUGAAACUGGUCAUAACAGCAUUAAGAUCCAACUUAAUGUUACUACAGCAACUGUGAUUUUCUGUAGCAGUUGCACGUCAACAACCUGAACUCCGUAGCUGUCGCUCUCUCUCCUCUGUUUCAUCACCUUUCUCUUCUAACUAAUGUUCGACCAAAGCGUCUCUUUACCUGUUCAGAGCUUUAACUCCAGAGGAGAAUCCCCUAAUGAACUGUCUCUGUUUACAUUCUGGUUUACAUAGUUAUUUAUGUGCAAAAAUGUCAAAAAAGUGUAAAUUAUGAUAUAAAUGUUCACUGCUCUAAUCUAAA